AUGAAGGCCUCCCUUGUCGUCCUUGAUCUGCUGCUUUUGCUUAAAAAUGAAGUUUUCCCGCUGACGUGCUUCGAAUGCGACAACCAGCGCACCAACCUGUGGUGUCUCCGUUUCAGGGAGUGUGGCAAGGAAGAAGUAUUCUGUGUGACUGCUGUGGCCUCGUAUAAAAUCGUGCAUUCCCUCGCCUGCUAUUACUGUGAAAAUGAGCCUUCCAACUGGAACUGCAUGUCCAUGAAGAAGUGCGCAGAAACAGACAAAUACUGCACUACCAUUAAAAGGGUUAACCGUGGCAGACAUGGUGAGCCUGAUGACUACCGGAUCAGCAAGCAAUGCACUCCAUCUUGUGAUGAAAAUUUCAUGGACAUGGGAUCAUCAUCCGUUGCUACCAAGUGCUGCCAGUUUUCCUUCUGUAACUUCAGUGGAGCUGCCAGCGUGAAACUGAGCAACAUGGUGCUGGUUUUGGGAAUCCUGGGCAGUUUCUUCUACAUCUUCCAGUCUAGAUAA